AUGCCGAAUUUCUUCGGCUUUCAUCACGAUAAACAUGAAAAGACUGGGCACAAGUUCCUAGGAAAUGCGUUCAACUUCCAUGGCGCUCACCACUCUGACAAAGAGGCCUCGUCGAGUCAGCAGGAGAGCACUACGUCGUCGUCGCCUCAGCCUGAGGCGGACCAUACAACGACUCCACCGCAGCCACAGACUGUCGCUGUGCAGGGCAAUGGUACAGCUUUGCCCUCAUCCGGCCAAUCUUCUUCGUCUGUGCAUACUGCCAUGUCCUCUGUGGCGCCCAGCAUUGUGUCGCAGGACCAAUUGAGCACGACCAGCCCCUCAGUGACAGCGCCUACCCAAGCCGCCGCCGUAACGACUACCACAUCCGCCACGGCGACCAAGCCUUCCAGCAACUCGUCUGCACCGAUCAACCCCAGCACAGGCCUUCCGAUGCGUCAGCUGAGUGGCCGGUACAAACUCCAGGACUUUACAAUCAAGCGGACGCUCGGCACAGGCUCGUUUGGGCGUGUGCACUUGGUCCAGAGUGUGCACAAUCAUAGAUUCUAUGCGAUCAAAGUGCUGCGCAAAUCGCAUGUCGUCAAGAUGAAGCAGGUCGAGCACGUAAUCAACGAACACGAUGUGCUUGCCAUGGUACGGCACCCGUUCUUGGUCAAUUUGUGGGGCACGUUCCAGGAUCCCACAUUCCUGUACAUGGUCAUGGACUUUGUGCCGGGUGGUGAGCUGUUUAGUCUGCUGCGGCAGAGCCGCCGAUUCCCACCGCAAGUGGCCAAGUUUUACAUCUCCGAAGUGAUUCUCGCGAUUGAUUUUCUGCACAAGCACCACAUUGUGUACCGAGACCUGAAACCGGAGAACAUCUUGAUCGGCGUGGAUGGCCAUUUGAAGCUGAUCGAUUUCGGGUUCGCCAAGGUGGUGACAGAAUCGAAUGGCAUGUGCUGGACCCUCUGUGGCACGCCUGACUACCUCGCGCCAGAGAUCAUUCGCGCGCGUGGUUACAAUGCCAGUGUCGAUUGGUGGUCGGUCGGUAUUUUGCUCUUUGAGAUGCUGGCUGGCUACCCGCCCUUCUAUACGGAAGACAACAAUCCCAUCAAGCUCUACGAAAAGAUUCUGGCGGGGUACGUGGAGUACCCAUCGUACUUUGAGGCAGGUGCCAAGGACCUGCUCAAAUCCCUCAUCACAGCCGACCUCUCGAAGCGAUUCGGUAACUUGCACCGCGGUAGCCGCGAUAUCUUCUCGCACAUGUGGUUUGCUGAGAUCGACUGGGACUGCCUGUACCGCAAAGAGAUCCCGGCGCCUUACAUCCCGAACGUCGGCACGAACGGCGACGCCAGCCAGUUUGACAAGUACCCUGAAAACGACCUGUCCGAGUACUCCCAGCCCAACGCCGUCGACGAGUACCCCAACCUGUUCCCUGGUUUCUAG